AUGAGCCAUAGCUCGAACUGGACAGCCCCGCAGGAGUUCGUCAUCCUUGGCUUCUCCGGGUGGCCCCAGUGGCUCCGGGUGCUGCUCUUUGCCCUCCUCCUGCCACUCUACCUGGCGACCCUGGCGGGAAACCUGGUAAUCCUGGGCCUGGCGGUGGUGGACGCCGCCCUGCACACGCCCAUGUACUUCUUCCUGGGGGCCCUGUCUGCCGUGGAGGCGGCUUACACGCUGGUGCUCACUCCGCGCAUGCUGGCUGGCUUCCUCCUGCCUCCUGGCGGCCAGGCGGUGGCCCCCUCUACCUGUGCCGCCCAGAUGGGCCUCUUUGUGGCGCUGGGUGGCUCCGAGUGCCUGCUGCUGGCUGCCAUGGCCCUGGACCGCUACCUGGCCAUCUGCCGCCCCCUCUACUACCCUCAGCUCAUGACCCCGGGGCUCUGCUGGCGCCUUUUGGUUUCCUGCUGUGCUGGAGGCUCCGUCCUGGCCGCGGGCCUCACCACGGCCAUCUUCCAGCUGUCCUUCUGCAGCGGCAUGGUCAACCACGUCUUCUGCGACCUGCCAGCCGUGCUGGUAUUGGCCUGCGGGAGCCGCGACCUUCAGGAGCACGUCCUGCUGGCAGCCUGCCUGCUGCUGCUGGUGCUGCCCCUGGCCCUGAUCCUGCUCUCCUACACCCGGGUGCUGGUGGUCAUUCUGGGCGUGGGCGGGGCCGCCGGCCGCCGGAAAGCCUUCAACACAGUGGCGUCGCAUCUCACUGUGGCCGUGCUGCACUACGGCUGCGCCACGGUCAUGUACGCCCGGCCCCUGCGCAGCCGCAACCUGGAGGAGGACAAGCUGGCGUCCCUCAUCUACAUCAACCUCACACCACUGCUGUACCCGGCCAUCUACACGCUGCGCAACCGGGACGUGCAGGGCGCGCUGCAGCGCGUGCUCAGCCCCGGGACGCGGGGGACCGCCCACCAGGCUGGGGUCGCCUAA